AAGCACAGUUCUGAGUGGCCUUGACAUUCGGGACAUGCUGCCUCAAAACCUCAACAACUACUACACCUACCCGGGCUCAUUCAGUACUCCUCCCUGUCUUGAGAAUGUCCAGUGGUUUGUGCUGGAGGACACAGUCCUGUUAUCCACUGCACAGAUUGCGGAGCUCGAGAACUCCUUACUGGACAACCAGAACAAGGUCAUGCAGGACAAUCACCGCAGGACCCAGCCCCUGAACGGCAGAGUGGUGGAAGCCAGCUUCAUGUGUCAGCCUGAUGCUGGCUCUGAGCUCCAGUAUUGCUUAAGUGAGAUCAACCGCAACCUCAAGGACUUGAGAAGCUACGUGGAAGACAAGAAAGCGUAGACAGAGAGCAGCACUGAGCCGGCAGCUCAAGCUGGUGGGGGAAGAGCUGGCCUCCCAGAGUCCAUGCCCUGCCCUGGCUCCCACAGCAACCCCCCCGUGAAAUCACACACGUUGAUCUUCCUAAAUCAUCAGCCAGCUCUAACUUCCCUGUAGUGUUAGAUGUAAUCAUGCCUUUAGAUGUAAUAAA